GAACGCAGUGAGUCCCAGUCGGGCCGCCCAGUUUGCUUUCACCCGCGACGCAGUGAGGAUAUACACGCUGGCCAGUCUAUAACAAUACCGUUUUCCCUCGUCCUUUCGUGACUUGUCUCUAGAUCGACACUGUUAGACUCGCUGUCCAUCAGCCCAGAUCUUUUUCCGAGAUCUAUUUCUUCUCUUUUGACGACGAUAUAGUCCAGCGUGCAUCAAAAAGAAGAAAAGAAAAAAGUUAUUGGACGUUUUUUAUUUUGAUGUGUGUGUGUGACUUUCCAAGUUGUGACAGUAGUCAAAUUGCGGUGCAAGACUUAUAUUUUGGCUCGUGAACUCGACGCGUGUUAUUAUUCUACGACCACUUUGAGAUUAUUCUUUCCUCAAUAACACGUGUGUCCGCUUGAAUGGCUCGUCGGGUCGGGACUGGUCGUCCAACUUCGGCCGUUCGACGUCAUCUCGAUCGCAGCGGGAGCAACGUCGUCGCUCCUCGCCCUGCUGCUGUCUGACGGGCAGGAAAAUCGUGUCGCCCCUUAUUGUGUUUGUUGUGCGGAAAACUCGAAACUCUUUUUAGAUUUUGGUUUUGAUUUUUCAAUUGCACUCGUUGCCAUCAGUUGCCGAUUGCCAUCGCGUAGUCAAGACGGGAAAGAAACUUGAAUUUUCCUCCUCUCCCUUUGACUGGGGGAAAUCCAUUCAUCUUUUGGCAAAUCAAAAAAUUAUAGAAAAUUUGAAAUAAAAUGUCGGGAUUCAAGUAUUUGGAGAUGGUCGGAAUAGUGAUCGUUUCCAGCUGGAUUUUGGGCGCUCCAUCAGUCGGAUCGAUAUCGGCCAAGAGCGAGGCGCAGUCGGUCGUGGCGGAUGUACCGUGGGACGGGGCUUUGGUUGGACCUUCCUUCGACACGGGACCGGAAUCAGUCGUCGUCUCCGUUGGAUCCACAGCCUAUUUGGCUUGCCGCGUUCGUCAGCUCGGGGAUCGCAAGGUUUCUUGGAUACGGAAAAGAGAUUUACACAUUCUGACUUUCGGUCAAGUCACCUACACGAACGACGCCCGUUUCUCUGUCAUCAAAUCAGCCACGGGAGACUUGUGGACGUUGCGGAUCCGUUCGGUUCAGCUGCGCGACGCUGGACUCUAUGAAUGCCAAGUUAGCUCCGAACCCAAAAUCAGCAAAGCCGUUCGCUUAAAAGUUGUCGUUUCACAAGCCUACAUCCACGGCAGUCCGGAGAUGUACAUCCGGAGCGGGAGCGACAUCAGCUUGUCUUGCGUCGCCAAGGACAUGCCCGAGCCGCCGACACAUUUCACCUGGUACAAGGGGCUACAGAUCUUCAGCACCGGCGGCAACGAUGGCCAUCAGCUGUUCCAGGGACAUGGCCAGCAGCAGCAGCAGCAACAGCAACAACACCAGAACAACAACAAGCAGCAGACGAGUUUCUUUGGUAAAUCUUCCAUCAUGACGUCGCUGUCGGGAAGGAAAGUCACGAUUGAAACGAGUCAACAAGGGCUGGAGAAUCUGCUCCUCAUACGCAAUGCCGUUGCCGGAGAUUCCGGCAACUACACCUGCAUUCCAGCCGGCGCCGAGCCAGCCAGCAUCGUCGUCCAUGUUCUGAACGGUGAACAUCCGGCUGCAAUGCAACAUGGUCAUGGAGGCAUAUCACGCACGCAACCAGGCGCCCGAUUUCAACACUACGUGCUACUUGCAACCCUAUUGCUUUUGUUGCAUCGAUACCUGUCGUGGAAUCGACAAUUGCGGUAGUUUCGCCGUGGGAUUUCGUUUAUUUUUAAAUUUUUCUCAUUUUUUUUUUUCGGGAAAUGUAUCUGAUAAUUUGUAACUUCUGGUUUCGGACCUCUUUCAUCAUCGCUGACUGGGAGAGUUUUGUUUCUCUCUCUCCCAUCUCUAUUGUACAAAUUAUAUUCUCUCUGCCCCCCCAAACGUGCCCUAGUACACACACUUUCCCAGCUAUAUACUCUCAUCUCCUAUAUACAUAUACAUAAUCUCCCACUUUUCUUUUUCUUCUCCAGUAAAGGUAUACUAUAGGAAAGAAGGAGGAAAGGUGAAAUUUGUAAUCAAAGUUUUUUGCAAGAAACUAAUGCGUAAUGGCGAACUAAAGACUAAAAAUAGACAUAAGAAGUAGGAUAUGAAGCUAAACCAAAUCACCUUGAUUUUACCCUCCUCACUUAUAUUUUAUUAGAGUCCUCGAAGGACGCUGAUCUCUUUCUUUUGUAUACCAAAUUACAACAAUCAAGAUUAUUAUCAUGUAACACAGCUUUUCCUUCCUUGACUCUCUCUUCUAUAUAUAUUUCUAAAUAAAAAAAAAAUUUCUACUGGAACACACACAUAAAAAUAUAUACACACUGACGCUAGACACAAUGAUGAUCCCCUUAUACAAUGUUGUACAGUUGCAUGUUGUGGAUGUAUGUGUGGGUGGGUGUGUGUGUGUGUUUACACAGCAGUUACAUUCCUUACAGUAUAUUAUCGAAUAAUCCAACUUAUUCCCCCCCCCCCUAUCCCUCCUGUUGUCCCUCCUCUUCAUUCGCUCGCCCCAUCAUAACACAAUCAAAUAUGUCGAAAAUUGAAAUUUAAGAAUGGAUCAAAAUUUGUAUGCUAUACCCUCUGCUGGUUCUCCCCAUCGAGUAUGCAUGUGCGUCCAAACGGCUAGAAUUAAAAUUGAUGAAGGUCGUAUUUAUACAUUCUAGAGUGAGAUGGCGGAUUCGACAUGAGAACAAGAACAACACCAACAAAAAAAAGGACUGAUGAUGAUAAUAUUAUAUAUAUAUACGUUAAUUUGAACGAUGAUAUCAUGUUUCCUGAUGUAGACGCUUAGAUGCCACAUUGGUGAGACCCACAUUUGUAACGGUUGUUCUUCUCCGUCUUGAUUGUGGUGGACGGAGUGGAAGAACCAGUGGAAGAAAAAAAAAAUAACAAAAAAGACACAUUGGUGUGUUUCGGCACUUGGAUUUUUUCUUUUGUUAAUUUUUUAUUUUGAAAAUACAUAUGUCUGAUAUCGUCUCGAA